CUUCUUCUUAUUCCUCCCUCUCCUUUGUGACUUCAAAGCAGUCUCAUGGAAAUGGAGGAUCAGCAUCAUCAUCAUCAUCACCAUCAUCAUGAACAGCAGCAACAGUAUGGCAUCACUGAUCUGAGGCAACUAGUGAAUGGACCAAGGUCUACCCAUUUCCCCUCAAUACCGCAGCAACCCACGGCGGAGCUCUUCCCCGCCGGCCACCCGAAUCUUGCAGCCACACAACACUACGAGAUGAUGAUGUUUGGUCGUCAAGUAGCUGACAUAAUGCCUCGUUGUCUUCAUGACUUUGCCUCCAACGAUUCGGCCACUAACACUAGCAUCGCUGUUGCCACUCCUACCACCACCACUAGUGCUUCAACUCCUCCUCUUAGUUGCUUAGAGGCUGAGACCGCAGGUUGCAUCGGCGGAGACGCCUCCACUGGAAGAUGGCCCAGACAAGAGACUCUCACUCUUCUUGAGAUCAGAUCUCGUCUUGACUCUAAAUUCAAAGAGGCUAAUCAGAAGGGCCCGCUUUGGGAUGAAGUUUCUAGGAUCAUGUCAGAAGAACAUGGAUAUCAAAGGAGUGGUAAGAAGUGCAGGGAGAAGUUUGAGAACCUGUACAAAUAUUACAAAAAGACAAAGGAAGGAAAGGCAGGAAGACAGGAUGGAAAGCAUUACAGGUUCUUUCGUCAACUUGAAGCCUUGUAUGGUGAAAACAGUAACCAAGCCUCAGUUCCAGAAACCAAUUUCGUUAGCAGCAGCCUUCGUUUUCAAACAAGCAGUCACAACCCCUCUCAGACAAAUCAAGAAAUGUUUCAGUCUCAGAAGCAUUGUGAUAGCCUCAGCCUCACUAACUCCACAGAAUUGGACACGUCAUCUUCUGAUGACAAUGAUCAUAAUAGCAUUGGGGGACACAAAGACAAUGACUCCGUGGAGAAGAGGAGAAAGAGGGUGAGUGGAAGAAGCUGGAAGGUGAAGAUAAAAGACUUCAUUGACACACAGAUGAGGAAGCUGGUGGAGAAGCAAGAGGAAUGGUUGGACAAACUCACAAAGACACUGGAACAGAAGGAAAAGGAGAGGGUGUUAAGAGAAGAAGAGUGGAGGAGACAAGAGGCUGCAAGGUUGGAGAGGGAACACAAAUUUUGGGCUAAAGAGAGAGCAUGGAUUGAAGCCAGGGAUGCUGCUUUAAUGGAGGCUUUGCAAAAAUUAACAGGAAGUGAGAUAAAGAGUACUCAAUCUCCUGAGGGUCUAAUGGUAACUGGAAUUCAAAGCCACAAUGAAAACCAGAAUGAAGAUGGAAGUGAAAUACUAAAUAGCACUGCUAGAGGUGUUGAAAGCUGGCCAGAAUCUGAGGUUACAAGGCUUCUACAGUUGAGGGCUGAGAUGGAGGCAAGGUUUGUGCAAAGUGGGUGUUCGGAAGAGGUUAUGUGGGAGGAAGUAGCAACCAAAAUGUCUUGUUUUGGCUACGAAAGGAGUGCUUUGAUGUUCAAAGAGAAAUGGGAAAGUGUCAACAACUACUCAAAGAAUGCUAAGGAUGGAAACAAGAAGCGCAAAGAAAACUCAAGAACCUGUUUUUAUUUCGAUAACAGUGACCAGUCUUCUCUAUAUAACCAAGGAGGUGCCUAUUGUGAUAUCAAUGAUCAAAGGCAAGAGACUGGAAGGCUGCAAACAAAUGAUGGUUCUUCACCUUCGAAUUCUAAUGUUGGAAAUGCAGUUGCGGGUGAUAACUGCUUUCCCUUCUUCAUGGCCGAGGGGGGAAAUUUGUGGGAGAACUACAGCUUAAAGGUUAAUAAAGCAAACCAAAACCAGUGAUGAGAGUGAAAUAAAGUUGACUCUUAUGAGGCACGAAAAUUUCACAGCCUUUUAUUGCGAUGAUCUCACAUUAUGUAAGCAAGAGCUAACUGAGGGUUUUAUGUAUAGAGACUGAUGAUGAUAAUUAAGGUGGUCAAUCUUAUUAUAUUUAUGGGAAUCAAGGUGAAAAAUAAUGUGUUCAAGUCACGUACGUAAGUUUAAUGAGGGAGACUUUGGCAAAUAUUACUGAAUUGUUGGGGUAUGAGUAUGACACUAAUUCACCAGGUGAGUUUCUCGUGGUAGAUUUCUUUUAUGUGAGCUAAUGGAAUUUGCAAUUGUAUCACUUAAUUCAUAUGCUGCAUCUUCAAUGAUGUUUAUAUCACUGAUUGGUCAUUGUCUUUCUUCUUCCUUCCUCACCCAUCUUUGCAUCUUUUUGUGUAAUUUUGGGAUAUUUAGCAGU